AUGAAGUACCCAUUUAGCAUCAUUUUGAUUGUGGAGUUUAUCAUUGGAAGUUUGAUAAAUGGCUUCAUAGUCCUAGUAAACUGCAUGGACUGGGUCAGAAGAAGGAAGAUCUCCUCAGUAGAUCAAAUCCUCACAGCUCUGGCCAUCUCCAGAAUUGUUCUGCUCUGGCUGGUCGUAACAAGUAUAUUGUUGUCUCUUCAUAGAUCAGUAAAAGUGACAAGCAAAAUGGUAAGAAUGAUCAAUAUUUUCUGGAUUGUGACCAAUCAUUUCAACCUUUGGCUCUCUACAAACCUUAGCAUCUUUUAUGUUCUCAAGAUAAUCCAUUUUCCUAACUCUGUCUUUCUGUACCUGAAGCGGAGAGUUAUGAAGGUGGUCUCAGUGACGCUGCUGCUGUCUUUGGUGCUCUUGUUGGUAAAUAUUGUGGAAAUCAACACUCAGAUAGAUGUCUGGGUCGACCUGUCGAAAAGAAAUUUGUCUUACAAUUCCAGCUCGAGGAAGUCUGCUCAAGUCUCCAAACUUACACUCACCAACACUCUAUUUACAUGCAUACCCUUUACUGUGUCCCUGAAAGCCUUCCUCCUGCUCAUAAUCUCCCUGAGGAAACAUCACAAGAAGGUUCAACGCAACGCCCAAGGAUGCAGAGAUCCCAGCACCACGGCCCAUGUCAGAGCCCUGAAGACUAUGUUUGCCUUCCUCUUGAUAUAUACAAUCUUUUUAUUUUCUAAUUUAAUGCAAAUUCAUAUUUUUGAACUUCUGGACAAGCGUGUGGUUAUUUUUACUGGUAUGACUGUUGGAUUAGCUUUUCCCCUGGGCCAUUCAUGUAUCCUGAUAUUUGGUAACCAUAAGCUGAGACAGGCAGCUCUUUUGGUGCUGUGGUGGCUGAUGCUCAGGGCCAAACAUACGGGACCCUGCACUCCCUAG